AUGGCAAAAUUUAAGAGUGGGGAUGAAUCGUCCGCCAUAAAACUACCGAACCAAAUACUAGACCAAAUCAACGAUAAACAAGCCAGAGGUGAGUAUGAUUCAAGUGAUGCCAGAUAUGGUACUCAAAGCAGUUCCAGCUCCAAGAAGAGAAAGUCAAAUAAGGUAUUAUCUCGAAAAGAGAAGAGAAAGCAGGAACGAGCUUUGAAGAAACAGAAACAGAAACCAAAUGGGAAAGGAACAGCUUCAUCGUCCAAAACUUCACAUAUCAAGCUGCAAAAUGGUCACACCUCGAAACGCAAUGGAAGUAGAAGUUCAAGUAAUCAUCUGGACGAUGUCAUGGAAAAGUUGAAGAAACUCAAAGAAACAAAAAACAAUAAAGUGGUACGAGUUAUAAAGGCAGAUGAUUUGGACGAUGAUUCGAUGUCUGAUAUUUCUGGCCUGGAGGAUUUUGAGGAUGAGAAAGAUAGUAUUAAUCCAUUAGAAGCAUUGCGUCUUUUAAAAGAAAAGAAAAACAAGGGCUCAAAGCAAGAAAGUGAAGUACGAAUUGUGAAGGAAGACGAUCUCGAAGAUGACGAUUUUCUGAGUGACGAUGGGUUAAAUGAGAGCGAGAACGAAAAGGAUCCCAUGGAGGCUUUACGACGAUUGAAGGAGAAGAAAUCAAAUGGUGCAGCAAACAGUAGUGGAGGCAUCAGGAUUGUCAAAGAGGACGACUUGAAUGAUGAUUCAUAUGAUGAAGACGACUCUUGUUUGUCAGAUAAUAGCUCGGAGUUUGGAGGUUUCGAGGAUGACGAAUUUGAUGAAGAAACAAACGAAGCUAGAAAAAGCAAAAAGAGCAGAGUAACGCCAAUUGAUGAUACCGUCACUCAAAAAGAUGAUGAAGAGAUUGAAUAUUAUGCAAAAAAGCUUGGCUUGAAGCAUGGCAAAAACUCAAAAUUGAGUAAAACUGACGAUAAUGAUGUGAUAGGAGGUCUUUUGGAUGGGUUGGAUUUAGAUUUUUCCGACAGUGUAGAUAGUGCAGAAGAGGUUUCAGCAGAGGAUGAUGAUGAAAGCUCUGACCAUGCUCAACACAAAGUCAAAGAGGGCACUAAUUAUGCACGUCCGCCAAGCUCCAGAGAAUUCGAAAAUGACGAGGAUGACCUCGAGUAUUACGCCAAAAAAUUGGGAAUCAAGAAAACCGAUAAUUUGCCUGAUGCCGACGAUGAUGAUUUAAACCAUUUGUUAGAUGGGUUGGACUUUAUCAGCGAAGAAGGAGCUGAAGUGGGUACUGAAGAACUGGAGGACGAAUUUGAAGAUGAUGAACUGGAUGGAUACACCGACGAAGAAGAGAGAGUGAGGGAGAAUCCUUAUAUUGCUCCCGGUACUGACGAAGAGACUCGACCGGAUGAAUCCACGUUUGAACAAAGGUAUAUACCACCGGCAUUACGUCGUAAAAUGGCUUUGGAGGCACAAGAUGCUAAUUCUGAAGAGAUUACCAAUUUGCGUAAGGCAAUAAAGGGUCCCAUGAAUAAGCUCUCCGAAGCUAAUAUAUCCUCUAUUGUCAAUGAUAUUCAAAAUGUAUACAUGUCUCAUCCAAGGCAAGUGGUGAAUGAGCAACUCACCAAUAUCGUAAUAGAUGGUGUUGUUCAGCAAGGUCGGUUGUUGGACACAUUUGUGUAUCUCCAUGCAUGUCUCGUUGCCGCAGUUUAUAGACUACAAGGUGUUGAAUUUGGUGCUCACUUUAUUCAAACAUUGGUUGAAAGGUUCCAACAAUACAACAGGGAGAGUAGCAAGAAAACUGAAGCUUCAAAUUUGAUAAUAUUGUUGUCUUCAGUGUAUUUGUUUCACUUAUUAUCUUCCAAGGUGUUGUACGACAUUGUGAGAGAACUCAUCAUGAAUCUUGAUGAAAACAAUGCAGACUUGUUGUUGCGCUUGAUUAGAAGUUCUGGAAACCAGAUGCGUACUGAUGAUCCUUCUUCGUUGAAAGACAUUAUUAUCUUGUUGAAUGAAAAAUAUGCAAAGUUACUGCCAGACCUCAAAACUUCAAGAAUCCAAUUCUUGAUUGAUACAAUAUCCACGUUGAAGAAUAACAAGAUGAAGGUGUUAAAUGAGGGGAACCAUCAAUUAUCAAUCAGACUUAAAAAGUUCCUAAGUGGUAUCAACAACAACAAAGGUGGAGAUCCAAUACAAGUGUCAUUGGACGAUAUACAAAAUGUUGAAAGUAGAGGAAAAUGGUGGUUGGUUGGAUCAGCAUGGAAGGGAAAUGAAGCCAUAGAGAAACCAAGCACUGACGUCAAUGAACUCGAAAUCAAUGACGUACUUGAUGCGGCUGAGCCUAAUUGGUUGGAGUUAGCGAAAGCGCAAAGAAUGAAUACUGAUAUUCGAAGAGCUGUGUUUAUAUCUAUUAUGUCAGCUACUGAUUUCGUCGAUGCGAGGACAAAAUUGGACAAAUUGUCAUUGAAAAGAGCACAAGAGAGAGAAAUCCCCAAAGUUUUGAUUCAUUGCACCACCAUUGAACCUUCGUGGAAUCCUUACUAUGCUGUGUUGGCGAAUAACUUAUGUGACUCGCAUUCGUUCCGAAAGACGUUUCAAUUCAUGUUGUGGGACUUAAUCAAGGAGUUGGAUGGUAACGACAUUGACGGUGAAGAAGAAGGGGCUAAUGUUUUAGGAAUCAAUGACGGUGACGAAGAAACAAAGUUGAAAAAGAUUUUGAAUCUUGGAAGAUUCUAUGGAUUUCUCAUGGCGGAAGACUCAUUGCCAUUGCAUUCAUUAAAGGCAGUCAAUUUUUUGACAUCGUCACCUGACACAGGUUUGUUCAUCGAGGUAUUAUUAAUGACCUUUUUGGAUCAGAUUGGGAAAAAAUCAAGAAAGAAUCAACUUGGAGCAGGAAUGGCAAUUGACAAGGCCAGUAACAAUGAUCAUCUCUUUGAUGAUAAAUUGCUCGUGGAGCGUGUGAUCAAAGCCAAAGAUCAAAUUACGUUACUUAGGGGGUUGCAAUACUUUUUGCAAGAAAAGGUAAAAUUUAGUGAUCUCAUCACCAAGGAGAAACAAAGAGUGAGAGUAGAUUGGGGAGUAGAUGCAAUGUUUGAUGUUAUCGACGAGUUACUAAAAGAAGCUGAUGGAUAUUGA